GAGGCAAGCAGCCCCAAAGCAGUUGUGCCGCAUCGCUUCCGUUACGUACUCGUGUCGCGGACGAGAACCAGAGAACCGAGCGAAACACCCGGGAAACGUGUCGCGUGUGUGCCGUCCGUCGAGUAAGAGUUUCCCAAGGAGAAGCAAAACAGUGAACCCAAGUAUCCCAUACCCCUCCCACAUCCCGCCGCCCGCACAACUAUGCGUGCAACAACAAAUCACAAUUUAUGAAAAAGUGCUUUCAAAAGCAAAUAAACAAAAUCGAAAGCAAAUCCAAAAACAAAACAGGAAGUCUUUGGUUAAUAAACUACUACAUAUAUAGAAAGUGAAGUGAAGGAAAAGCUGGCCAGGAUGCCAGGACUCGUGCUGCUGCUGGUGCUGCUGCUCAGUGGCUCGCUUCUGGCGGAGAUCUCCCACAUGCCGCUGGCCAGCAAUCGAAUCAUCAUGGGCCCAUCCGGGCAGCUGUCAUCGCCGGUUCACCCGAUGCCCGGGCCGGUGCCAACGUCGGCGACGGCGCGAUGUCAGAAGCUGCAGAGAUACCGCAAACUGCUGAAGGACAUCGAUGAUGUGGAGGACCUGUAUGUGGAUGUGCCCGUGCAUAUCGCCCUGGAGGGGCGGCAGAAGAAGCGAUUUGUGCUGAACCUGAACGCCUCGACGCCGCUGACGAUUCUCUUUUCGGUGACCGUGGGCCGCAAGAUGUACUACAAUCAAACAGCGAAUGUACUGCGACCAGCAGCCGUUACACCUGGCCCUGGCAUUGCUGUGGGCAGUCUCGUGCUUCCCUGCGCCCUCGCCGGCCAGUACGAUCUCUUUGUCCAGGCGCGACAGGCCGGCGCCCUGAAAGUGGACGCCCUGGCAGAGCAUCCGCAGCAGUCGUGGCCGCUGCUCAACGAAACGCAUCGCAUCCACAUUCGCACCCACAAUCGGGUGCGAAAGCGUCAAAUGGUGGUCAAAUGGGACAGAAGCAAAUUCGAUUACCAUGCCAUGCAUUAUUGUCUGGUCAUCCAGCGCAUGGUGACAGCGUCGCUCCGCAAUCCGUUUGACAACUUCUGCCAGGCCGUUGGGGCCUAUGUGGAGCAAAAUCAUCCAAAAGCCUCUGGCUGCUCCACCGGCGGCAGUCCCCUGGAUCUGGUCUGGGGCUCGCCUCCAAAGCGCGAGCGUCGCCUGAACCCGCGCCACAAUCUCCACAUUGUGUGCACUGGGAAGAGACGCCAGCAAGUGCUCCGCCGACUGCUGCCCAAGAACAGCUACCAGCUGGAUCUCUACGGGGUCCAUCAGAGUCGCCAGAACCUCACGAUGCUGCUGAGCAGCAGCCAGGUGAGCUUCAACCGCACCCAGCCGAUGGCCCUGCGGCAGCAGUCGCUCACUCUGCUCAAGAUCGGCGGGCAGCACGGGAUGCAGGUAUACAGCUUCAAGGUGCCGCAGACGGAGCCGCCACCGGCGUAUAUGCGCCACUUGUUUCUUCCCUGCUCGGGCAGUGAGAUUCGAGUGAACCUGCUGCGCCAGCGGAAUGAGGUAGUCAGAUCGGAUGCCUUCUACCGGCCCACCUAUCUUCGGCAGGAUGGGGUCCAGCCCGGCGAACGCUAUCUGAUGCGCUUCGAGCCCAGCAACGAGGACGAGGCGGUGCGUGCCCAGAAAGUGUUGGUGGCUGUGAGCAGUGAGCAUCUCUUUAGAGAUCUCCCGGAGCUGCCGCUGAAUAUCAGCGUCUUCAAUGUGCGUACGAGAUGCAAUCGAGCGACCAUAGCCUGGAACGGUUCACCCGAUGAGCGGGAUCUCAGCUACUGCAUCAUUGUCUUCAAUCUGCCGCAGCGUAAUCGCAGCGUUGUGGAUUCCACCAACUACUGCAUGGACUUUGUGCCCAAGCAGGUGAUGCAGUACAAGAACUUCCAGUGGAUGACCUGUCGGGAGAGGCAGCAAAGCGCCGACAACAUCGAAACGGAGACCAUACUAAACCUAAUGCCCGGCUCCAGCUAUCUCGUCUAUGUGACGGCCAAUCUGAGCAUGGGCAAGCCACUUCCCUAUCAGACGCUCACCAUCCACAUGUCCAGCCAGUGCCUGGAUGGAUCCCACGAAUCCUAUUACUAACUGGGCCCCAACACUAAAAGCUUCGCUGCAUUUGCAACUACAAACACAAAUACGAAUACCACAAAUAAAGCAAGAAACUAUCCGUCGUUGUAAAGCUACCUAAUCUACUAUACCUACUAUAUGAUAACUAAACUAUCUAAAAAACUAUCUACUACCAAUACUACGCUGGUUAAAAGACUAUACUAUACACCUAUACAAAUAUACAUAUGUUCGUGGCAAAUGUUGUGUGAGUGAUUGUCUGUGUCUGUAACUGUAUCUGUCAGUAUGUCAGUAUCUGUGUGCGCGUGUCUGUGCGAGUAUGUGAUUUAUGUUUGCCAACAGAUUCCAAGUAUUUUCGAGUGCUUAGUUUUGUAAUUUCGAUCGUAGCUAGCUCUAUAAAUGUUUGUAUAAAAUGUUUCGUUUGCCUUCCUUUUGCCUGCCUGCGCGUAUAUGUAAUCGUUUUUUCGAUAUUUAGUUUAGCACUCUUACGAAUAGUUUACAUUUAGGUACUUUUUUCUAGGCUUUUGCUGUUAAGUUUAAUCCGUAAUCAAAGAA